AUGCAAAAAUCCCAAUUUUCACGUCCUCUUUUUCUGAAAACAUUUGGUCUUAUCGGCAGCAACAUCACCCACUUGCGAUUGGACGGCAGCAGUGCUGACCCGAAAACAUUGUUGCAACUCCUUUCUCGAAGCGAACCUUUGACAGUCCCUUCCAAACUGAAUCUGCGCUCGUUAAGUCUAUCCCUCAAAUGCAACACCAACUCUGAAACUAAUUUACGCUUGCUGGUCACGUCAUGUCCCGAACUUGAGUACAUUUUUAUUAGUUAUCUUUCUACCGAUCUGUCUAUGCCCCUCGAAACACUCAAAGCACACGCUCCGCAGUUGCGAUGCUUAGAGAUCUAUAACAGGGUUUAUGCGUCUUACACUUCCUCUUACGAAGAUAAGGAAUGGCAAAACACAUCCUCGCAACCGGGAUUACGUGAAAUCGCAUUACUUGGUCUGAACGAAACACCCGAUGAAUGUAUUAUAGUAAUACUUGAUGACCAGCAAUGGACUUUGGAAGUUCUUUCUCUAUACGAUUUGGAUUGCGAGAGUCGAGUCGCUGAGUAUCUGAGCCGAUAUCCAUGGCCCAUGUUACGCGAAGUAACUCUAACCGACUCUGCGAUUUUUGAUGACAAUCUCUGUGCCUUUCUCAAAAAAUGCCCUUUCUAG